AAAAAAAAAAUGGUUUGACAGCCAGUACCCUAAACAACUUCUUGUCGAAGCACAGCAACAGAUAACGUACCUAAAAGUUCCUACCAGCGGUAUUAGCACAAAAACCAAAGUACCCAUGUGUGUAUACCUGUAGGAGAAUGGAGAAAGAACUACAGCAGUGAAAACAAACUAACUAACUAACUAACUAACUAACUAACGUUACAUGCUUCAAAAUCUCACAAACAGAAUGUUGGGGAGGGAAAAGCAAGUCAUAGAAUGUGUAACUCUACUGUUAUAAAGUUUAAAGUUAGGCAGAACUAACCAAUUGCUUAGGGUUUCCUAUGCACAUGGCAAUAAAGAACAGCCAAGGAAUGCUUAAUACAAAAGCCCAGGAUGCUGGCUACUUUGGAGAUCGGAUGGGUUCAGAGACAGAGGAUAUUGUGAUCAGGAAGGGUCCCAUGUGGAGCUCCGAAGCCACGGGUGGGUACGCCACGAUUAUUUUUAUUACUGCUCCCCAUUUCUCACUCCAUACGCCCAAACUACUUGGCUCCACACAUUUCCCCCACCUGAAGGACCCUUCCUUCCCUCUCCUCCUCCUUCCUUCAAGACGGGACCUCCACUCUUCCACCCGGGCUGACAGAACAGCCCCUUCCAGCCCCUGUCAGAAUUCUGCAAUUAUAACAAAGUGAGGUCACAAAGCCCCUAGGAAGGAGAGACUACUUCCUCAGAGGCAAGGAUUCUGGGAGCUGCUUGGGCUGAAGCUGGGCUUUGGUGCUCACUGGAGGCUUGGAGGAGACAACAGCUCUCUUCAUCAUGUGCGAGGAGGUACAGGCGACCGUGCGGAAACCCACGCAGCACCUGAGGCACAGCAAGGAGGAGCUGAACAGGCUUAACCAGGCCAUCCAGCGGCUGACUGCGGAGGUGGACAGUGCUAAGAGUCAGCCCUGUGAACUAGACAGAGGCACAGAGCCACGGGCUCUGCCGGAGGAGGGUGCCUCAGACAGCGCCCAGGGCAAGCUGGCCUGGCUGGAGGCCGCCCUGCAGAGAGCCAAGCACGACAUGGUCCGCCAGCUGCGCGAGUACCAGGAUCUCAUGAUCGUCAAGCUGGGCCUGGACUUUGAGAUCGCCACCUACCGCAAGCUGCUGGAGGGCGAGGAGAGCAGGCUUGGUCUGGGAUUUGGGGCAGGGAGCUUCUCCACUGUCUUCUCAGCCCUGGGAAACGCUUCCACCUGCGGACUCGGCUCAGCCUCGGGCCCCGCCCGCCUGCUGCCUCCCGGAGCGGAUUCCGGCGCCCUGCAGACCGGCGCCCCUGGCGGCGGCUGCGCGCUCUGCGGCUCCCUCGCCUGCCUCGGUGGCUUAGGCUGCCGAGGCACCCGCGGAUACUGAAUGUUCCUGCCCAGCUGUGGAGAAGUCAAAGACCCCUAGCUCCUGCCCCCAAGGACUUGACCCUGUGCCUCAGACGCCCUCUCCCACGGAACUGGACCUCACUUCAUCUUUCCAUCAUGGUCACCCCCCCCCCCCCCAACCUCACCCCAGAACGGAAAGUCUUGGAAUCUAGCUUACGGAAUGGUCACUGCCCUGUCCCCUGGGUGAAAACAGCCGAGACGCUGUGCCACUGGGGAAGCUUGGUGGUUUACCUGGACCGAGUACCCUGCUCCUCUGACCCACCCCCAGACUCCUCUUUCCCUGGGACUCCUCCUUUGCAAUAAAAAGUUCUU